AGCGCUCCAGCGGGCGCAGCCACGCCCACACCGCGCCACUGCGCACGCGCACACGCAAAGGCGGAAGUGCACUGCGCGGAUACGCGAGUGACCGGCGGGGAGCCGACGGUCGUGGCGAACUGUGCGGGGCCGGAGGAUUUGGCUUACCAACCAUAAGACUGAAGAAAGGACUGAAAACCAACAAAGAUAACUUUGGAAGCACUGAAUGUGGCAAAAUAAGAGAGAUGGAUCUCAAGUUCAACAACUCCAGGAAAUACAUUUCUAUUACUGUCCCAUCCAAAACACAAGCAAUGUCACCACACAUAAAGUCAAUAGAUGACAUUAUAGUACUUGGGAUUAAUCUCAGCAGAUUUAACAAACUUACUCAGUUUUUCAUAUGUGUUGCUGGAGUUUUUGUAUUUUACCUAAUUUAUGGCUACAUACAGGAAUUAAUAUUUUCAUUGGAGGGUUUUAAGCCCUAUGGUUGGUACCUUACUUUAGUGCAGUUUGCAUUUUAUUCCAUAUUUGGCCUAAUAGAACUUCAGUUUAUUCAGGACAAAAGAAGAAGAAUACCAGGAAAAACCUACAUGAUAAUAGCUUUUCUAACUGUGGGUACUAUGGGGUUAUCAAACACUUCCUUGGGCUACCUGAAUUACCCUACCCAAGUCAUCUUCAAGUGCUGCAAAUUGAUUCCUGUUAUGCUAGGAGGAGUUUUUAUUCAAGGAAAACGCUACAAUAUUGCAGAUGUGUCUGCUGCAAUGUGCAUGAGCCUUGGCCUUAUAUGGUUCACCCUGGCUGACAGCAGCAUUGCACCAAAUUUCAACCUGACAGGUGCAAAGCAGGGGGCUAGAACCAGGAUCCUUGCACUGACCCUUGAAUUUCACACUAUGAGCAUUAAACCUGAUGCUGUCAUUGGAAAUGUUCAAGAAAAAGCUAUGAAACUGCAUAGUGCUUCUAAUUCAGAAAUGGUUUUAUAUUCGUAUUCAAUUGGCUUUGUGUAUAUUUUAUUGGGGUUGACAUGCACUAGUGGAUUAGGCCCUGCAGUAACAUUUUGUUCAAAGAAUCCCAUUCGAACCUACGGCUAUGCUUUCCUUUUUUCCCUCACUGGGUAUUUUGGCAUCUCCUUUGUUCUGGCUUUGAUUAAAAUUUUUGGAGCACUUCUUGCUGUAACAGCUGCUCUUGAACCCCCCCAUAUGGAGAGAACCCUGGAGGUCAGAAGUGGAGGCAGUGUAACAUAUAUGACAACAGGAAGGAAAGCAAUGACCAUUGUCCUUUCAUUUAUAGUCUUUUCAAAACCAUUCACAUUUCAGUAUGUGUGGUCUGGUUUGUUAGUUGUCUUCGGUAUAUUUCUCAAUGUUUACAGCAAAAAUAUGGAUAAAAUAAGACUGCCAUCAUUCUACAACCUGAUAAACAAAACAAUGGAAGUGAGAAAGUCAAGGACAUUGGCACAGAAUGUAUAAGUACAUUUCCAUCUGAGUAACAAUGAAACUCCUAAGGAGCAGUCAUCAACUAACUUUCCAAAAGGACUAUUAUGAAAACCAAAGGAUCUGAAGGUGUGCUGUCCAUUUUGGAUAAAUUGUGUAGGAAAUCUUCCUUUUCUUCAAAGAAAAGGUUAAGCUUUUCAAUCAAGAGAACCCCAUCUGCACACCUAGGAAUAAUAUGUUUAAUAUGGAGGACUGUGAUUUUUAGCUGUUUGCUGAAAAUUUUUCUAGAAAUGGACCAUGUUGCAAGACUAGUUGCAUAGCAUUAUGAUAUAUCAAGGAAAUUGAUAUAUACUCCAGCAGACUGUUUUAUUUUCAUUCCAUUUUGUUGAUGUUAUUUAAAUUGAUUCUCUGUUAUAAGAGUAAAAUAAUUAUUUAAAGUCUAGAGACAAUAAUUUCAUUAUAAAUAAAAUUAUUCUGACUUUUUUAAA